CCAACUCACCACAACCAAAGCCUCCCUCGACCAGGUUCCCCAACCCCGCCGCCGCCGCCGCCCCUAAGCUCCCCUCCCACGUCCAGGUCCGGCAACGACGCUCAAGGCUCCAUAUCCUCCGCUUUGUCCACCCCGAAUCCCUCCUGCUGCCUGCCCUGUCGCCGCUUCCCGUACUGUCGGCCGUCCUCGCCGAGAGCCGCUAACUUUGGCGCCACCACGAGCUGGGUAAGAAGAUGGUGAGGGGGAUGCCCAAAUCAAGACCUAUCAAAGCGGCGGCCGAGGUGGUCUUCGACCCGUCCGUCUCUGCCCCCCGGAAGCCGCGCCGUGCCGAGGCGCCCUCGUCGAGCAGCGAGUAUCACCACUUCAUGGGGUCGAGUCUUUCAAAUAUGUACCACAAGCCAGCUCCGGCGAAAUCUACCGACAUGUCUGAUGAUGAGCCUGACAUUGAUAUUGAGAAGUUGUUGAAAGAUGUUGAGCUUUUCGGUGCCACUACAUGGAAGGACAAGAAUAAAAUACAGAACCGCAAAGUAGUUGAACUGGGUGGAAAGGCCAUUAAGAAGCAGCGUACACCAUUAUCUGUGGCAAUCCCAGCUAUGAAGAAUCAGCAGAAAAGAGAACAAAAGAAGAUUGAGGAGGAAAGACUGCUUGGGAUUUUUAGGAAACAAAACAAGAAUAAGAAAUUUGAGAAGCUUAGACCAGAGGACCGAGUACUCAGGGCAACUGAAGGGCGCUUCAAGAACGGUAUACUCGAUGUGAAGCACCUCAUGGGAGGACCAAAGCAGUCCUCGUCGUCAUCGUUCAGAGAUGCGCCGGAGCGGGAAAUGAGAAAGGGUAAGAAAGGGAAAGGAAAGGGAAAGGGGAAAGGAAAGGGGAAGGGAGGCCGAAGGAACAGACGUUGAUGGAACACCUGCCUAUUGUGCUUUGUAUACCAAGAUACAUGCAGGAAGAAGAGGCAUUGAGCCGACACCUUGAACCGUUUUUGCAUCGAGAUAUCUUGGGUUAUACUAAAUCAAAGACAUUUAUUUUGAGACAGAGAGAGUACUUGUAUCUUAAGUAAUCUCUCAGUCGAAGUGACCAUCCUAUGUUACAUAACGUCUGAUGUUACCCGAUGAGCAUUUCAGCUUCCCAGAAUUCCUUUAUUUUGCUUCUGGGGUGCUUGUGCACUUCGACCUAUCAUCAAAAGACAUUAAUUUAUUUC